AUGGAUCCACCUAUGGCACGGGAGAAUGACGGUGGUGAACUUAGUUCGUCGGCUUCACAGGAAAACCAAAACGCUCAAGAUCCGUCGGUAGAGGUGGAGAACAGAGAAGACGAUUCAUCUGCAAAGAAAUCUAAGGACGCAAACGGAGAAGAAAGUAACAUUGACAUUGAAACAGUUGAGAAAACCAAGAGCUCAAAUGCUGAACAGACAACUGAUAAAGUUGAAGAGGUGGAGAUUUCCCCCAUUGUUGAUCCAGUUGAUGAAACCAAGAACGAAGAGACACAAGAAUCAGUUCCAGCAAUUGAACCAAUGCCUGAAACAACAGAAACACCAUUAUUGCCUUUUCUUUUCUUUCCGUUCCGUAUCACUGAUUCCAAUCCACGGAACUUCACCAUGAUUUCAAAGAUGUAUACAUCUUAG